CUAUUUUUUCUCUUCUUCGUCAAUCUUCACUUCUUAUUCCUCACUAGUACCUCACAAUCACAAAACGCCAUUUUCACCUGCCCCACCAAUCCAACGGUCCGAAAUGAAUCAAAAAACAUGGCCAUCUCGAUCCGACGGCUCUCCAUUCACCGCUCUCCCCCUCGCAAAAAACCACCACUUCUCCUCCAAAUCCUACUUUCUAGACCGUCCGAUCAAGACCCGACUUUCCUUUUCACCGUCCGAUCACCACCGUCGCGAUCAGCGAGACUUCUCAUCCUUGCCGUACGAUCUUCUGACUAAGAUAGCGGCGGGAUUCUCUCACCGGGACUUAAACGCAGCGUCUUUGGUGUGUAAGUCAUGGAGCGACGCGUUGAGGCCGCUGAGGGAGGCGAUGUUGUUGUUGCGGUGGGGUAAGCGGUUUAAACAUGGGCGGGGCGGAGUACGGCCCAACUUGGAGAAGGCGUUGGACUCUUUCUUGAAAGGCGCGGCCCGUGGUUCGAGCCUUGCUAUGGUGGAUGCGGGUUUGGUUUAUUGGGAAAUGGGCCGAAGAGAAGAUGGGAUUGCUUUUUACAGAAGAGCUGCUGAGCUUGGUGAUCCUUCUGGUCAGUGUAAUUUAGCCAUUGCUUUCUUACAAGCUGACUUUGCAAAUCCUACGGAAGCGGUGAAGUGGUUAUUGCAAUCUGCUUCUGCUGGCCAUGUCCGUGCUCAGUACCAACUAGCUCUAUGUUUGCAUCAUGGGCGUGGGAUUAAACGAAAUCUACUUGAAGCUGCAAAGUGGUACCUGAGAGCUGCAGAGGGUGGAUACGUCCGUGCAAUGUACAAUGUGUCACUCUGCUACUCAGUUGGUGAAGGGUUUUCCAAAAGUCAUCCGCAAGCGAAGAAAUGGAUGAAGCGGGCUGCUGAUCAUGGUCACAGCAAAGCACAGUUUGAGCAUGGACUUAAUCUUUUCUCUGAAGGUGAAUUGUCAAAAGCAGUUGUGUACCUGGAAGUGGCUAGUCGUGCAGGGGAGAGUGGUGCGUCUCAUGUGAAGGAUGUGAUUAUUCAACAACUAUCGGUUGCAUCACGUGAUCGUGCUAUGCGUCUUGCUGAAAACUGGCGCGCGUUGCCUUCAUCACGCUGACCAGAGAGAGGUACUUACAUUCUAGAAAAAACCCUCCCCCUGUUUUUCAUUCGUUCCCUUCUCCGGGAAGCGAUGUCUCAUUUUUCUCUCUUGGGACAUUUGAGGGCAGUCAUGUAAUUAAGCAGGAAAGUUACAAACACAAAUAAUAGUGCAUGUUCUUUCUUGUUAUGUGAUCCAAGUGAUAUGGGACUGUGGGAGGCUGUAUUUGUAUAGAGAUUAGAGACCCUGUCUGAUUGUUACCACUUUUAAAUGUAAUGUUGAGUUGGGAUGAAAGGUUUAUGUAGAAAAACACAGACUUGGAGAUGGGACAAUAUAAUAAACUUAUUACUCCCAAUA